AUGUGCAGUGGAAGGGGCAAACUCACGAAUUCGUUUUGUCUUUCAACCCUCUACGUCCAGGGCGGACCUUCUCAUAAACUUCGUCAUCUCAUCCUUUCUCAUGGUAAAAACAACGGGGACAUGCUGGCUUCGUCUGAGAUGAAGGACGUGGAGCCUUACAACGGCGUCCCCAUCGUGUACGCUGAAGAAAUUCUCCUGAUCCACAGGGGCAGGGGCGCUUUUCUUCUACCCCUCCACUUGUACAAGCUUUGGAUUGAUCAAGGUUGCCGAUGGGCGUCACCCAGCCCGCGCGUUUUGGCCAUCGUAUUCGGCUCACGCACCCGGACAAGGCCCUUCCUCACCUCGGAAGCAGUCCACAGCACGUUGUCAACGGAAGUAUUUUUCUGGCACGGCCUCGAUCUCGACCUGACAACACGCAGCAGAUUAACGUUUCUUCAAAGCGAGUUUCUUGAGAGAAUGCUGCAGAUCUGGAGCCAAAGCGUGCGAAGCGUGAUUUGUCCCCAUGUCUGUUUGCAUUUCCUCAGUGCACUGGGCGACAAGUUGUGGCUGCGCGGUACCGGGGAGUACCUUCCAUGUCUGGUCGGUCGGAGGGGACAACCACCAGCACACACAAGCAUCCUCUACUGGAAGACAGACCAGCAGACGUGCUACCGGGCUUCUCUACAGGUCUACAUUCCGGAGGACGCUCAAUUCCUCGUGCUGGCUUUACGACGCGCAGAGUGUCAGAGCACGCCGGAGAACAGCACUUGCAUGGUGCUGCGCAAGCCAUGCACGUCACAAGGCCGCAUACAAUUCCGACUGGCAGACGGUGAGCGAGUACCUGUUCCGACCCCUCAGAAACUGCUGGUGAGGAGUGGUUCCGCCCACACUUUUCAAUUCGAUUGGAGCAGGAAUUUCCUCGACUUCAGCGUGGAUGGUGUAAGUGUCGGGAUCGUUCCUCUGACAAACCAGCAGAGCAUCGACUCCUGGGUAAGGACUGCAGCAAUGUGUGUGGCAUCUCCUGAUCGUAUGGACGCCUUCGCGGUCACUGCGUUGCCUUUCCAGUACAAUGUCGCCUUCGGAUAUCCUGCGUGUGCUUACUGUGCGAUGGACAGUAUUGGCUGCUGCAGAGACUGUGAGCACUGGUUCUGCCAGGAGGCCGAAUUUCAGAAAUGCAAAGCCAAGUUCGACGAAGAACAGGAGCCGCUGGAGUUUGAUCGAAUUCCGGCGGUAGAGCGCAACGGGUCUCCCUUGCUGGUUUGGUCCGGAAACGACGGCCCCUUAUACUUCUCCCUUCCUGGUGAGAACGGACGCGUGGCCAUGUUCGCGGCCAUGGGAUUCAUUACGCCGGAGUAUGUCCGCUUCCCCGGAUACCUGGCGCCAUCCCAGCAGCUCAAGUUCACGGACGUCCCCAACGGCCUCGCUGCUUUCUCCAAGGUGCCCUUUCUGGGCUGGAUCCAGAUCCUAGUUUUCUGCGGCAUGGUGGACUUCGGCCUCUACAGGGCCGAUCCCUCCCGGGCCCCCGGUGACUACGAGAACGGCGGCAUCCUCGGCGUGCCCAACGCCAGCGGGCCCAUGGCAGAUGCCGAGGGCAGGAAGAGGAAACUCAACUCCGAGCUGGCAAACGGCCGCCUGGCCAUGGUGGCCAUUACCGGGAUGCUCUUUCAAAACGGAAUGUUCGGAACCACCGGGCCCGCGAUGUGGGGCUUUUAA